AUGGCAGGUCUGAAAGAUGAUGAAUGCAGAAGUAAAUUCCGCCAACAUGUGUCUAUUCAUGUCGAAGUACGGACUAGGAAGAAGCUUAACGAUGCGGAUUCCUUCAUAAAGUGCAUCCUAGACGCUGCAAGGGAAACACUCCCGGUUCUACUGCAGCGGAAGAAGUUUGCCUUUGCAUCUGUGGAAACAAAAUCCACAUACAAUUCUGUAUGUGUCGCGCGCAGCGCUGGUGACUUCAACCAGGAAACGCGUCUUAGAAGGAAGCUGCGUCGUCAACUGCAACAAGACCGCGAUAACGAGUGGACGUCAAGAGCGAUGGAGUUUGAGAAGGCGUGGGAGGACAGGAACCCGCGGAAAGCCCACGCUCUACUAAAACAGUAUAGCGGCAAAAUGAAAAGAUGUUCCCCUGUCCUCAACACUGCCAAUGGGGUAGCUAUCGGUGAAGCAACCCUUCCAAUUUGGAAGGAACACUUCAAGACCUUGCUGAACCAGCUAGCACCAUCAGCUCCCGAACUCGAACACGUUCAUAGACCGACGUAUGCAGUUAACGAGGGGCCACCGACCGAGUCGGAGGUCCUGGUCUGUAUUCAAAAAAUGAAAAAUGGAAAAUCUGGUGGAGACGACGGGAUUAGCGCAGAAAUGCUAAAAUAUCUUCCUCUGUCUGAGAUCCGUGAGAUGACAAAGAUCAUCCGUUCAAUAUGGAUAGACGAAAGGAUACCUGAUUCGUGGAGACACGCUAUUAUAAUUCCCCUCCACAAGAAGUUAUCCGUCACGGACCCCAGGAAUUAUCGAGGAAUCUCUUUGCUGCGUGUUAUGUACAAGGUAUUGGAACGCAUUAUCCUGGACCGACUCAUUAAACAUCGCGAAGAAACAAUGCGUGACAAGCAAGCUGGCUUUCGUCCUGGCCGAUCUACGAUUGACCAGGUGUUCAUAGUCAAAGGAGUGAUCGAAAUCUGGCAGCGGUUUUCGAAGCCAAUGCAAUUUGAGUUUCUAAGCCGCAUUCGACUCUCCUCACCGAGGCCGUCUUCUCAACGCGUUCCGCGCCGAUGGAGUACCGGGAAAGUUGGUUCGCUUGCUUGA